UGGUCUACAUACCUGUAAUCACAGCGUUCGCGAGGAGACAGUCGUCUUCAAGUCCUCAGCUCGACCACUUGGACUUCAAAAAGAAUACGUGUUCACACAUUGCCUCCUUCGACAGAAUUAAACAAGUAUUUAUUAAUUACAGAGAGUUAUGGCCGACGGGUACGGCAACACGACUCUUCACUAUGCCAUCAGUUAUCAGAACUUCGAAAUGGUCAAACAACUUCUCAGCCUCGGCGUCGACGUUUGUGCUGGAAAUAAGGACCACGUCACACCACUGCAAUUGGCUAUAGCCAACAAGAUCCCCAUCGACUGUCUGGGCCCGAGGAUAUAUGUUCUUCGCCAACACGACCGUUUCAGGAAUUGCCUAGAUUCUUACGACUGCGCCAUCAAAGCCAGAGACGACAAAGUGCUCGAUUACAUGCAGGACUUUCGCAUCAGCGACGACGACAACCGUAAGCUCGUGAAGAUGCUGCUGAAUGCCGGGGCUGACGUCAACUCGAAGGAUCGCUACGAAUGCUCGCCAAUCCAUUGCGCCGUCUUCACGGGAGAUCUCGAACUCGUGAAGAUUCUCAUCGAGGCCGGCGCCGACCUCGACAGCCAGAACGAUGUGGGGGCAACGGCCUUGCACGCUGCCGUCUUGUGCCGUGACGAGCCAAUGGUUGAGUUGCUGUUGAACAGCGGAGCAAAUGUCAGUUUUCCUCUGAAUUGCCAGAAUGAGACGGUCCUGUACUGGGCCUCGAUGCUCAACUGGGGCAACAGUUUUGAGGUUAUCAUCAGAAAACUCCUGGAGGCGGGAGGUGAUGUAAGCCAGUCGUUCGAGUUCAAAGACCCGGACAAUUCGGAAGACUUGGAGCCAGAUUCCAACAUCAGCGGUUUUGAACGAACUCCCUUCGAUUUCAUUCUGAUGUACGGCGACAUCAACUUGAUCAAUCUCUGUAUGGAGAAGUACAACGCCUACCUGGACGGGCCUGGAGGAAACAUGGAUGUGAGCGAUGCUUUGAAAUUCGCAGCCUACAACGAAGAUCCGAGGGUGAUGAACCUGGUACUGGAUAGUGGAAUCACGAAUUGCAAUUUCGGAUUUAGCGCGCUGCAUCACGCGAGUGCGUGGUUUAGGCCACAGCUCGUUAGGAUGUUAAUCCGUGAUGGCGCCGAAGUCGACAUAAUGGUGGAAGAUGAGGUUGAAGUGUACAAGCAGUAUACCCCAUUAGCGUAUUGCAUAGAAGCCAAAGAUGAACAACAGUGGGAAAGCGAAAUAGAGCGACCUAAUGCCGCGGAGGAUAGAAGGAAGACGAUAAAACUGCUGCUCGACUGUGGCGCCAACCUGAAUCAGAAGAUUAACGAGAAGACAGCCCUGGAGAUAGCCAUCACGAGCAACGAUCAGUUGAUAGAAGAUGCAGAACGCUUGAUCAUCGAGCACGCGGUCCUGGUCGAGGCGAGGACGAACAAGAAAGUGUUAGACGAGUACAACCUGAAGUUGAUCGACGAAAACCCUAGGUUGAAGAUGUACUACGAGAAGUGCCAAUCCGAGCUGACCGCCAUGAAGAAAAGCAUGAUCAAGGGGACGUUCAUCACGUACUUUUCCGUUUUAACGAAGCCCCUGCAAGCGGUGGCUCCUUACGUUAAAAACAAGGAAUCCGUCAAGAACUUCAAGGCCAAUUAUCGAGUGGCUUAUCCUGCCUAUGCAUGGCGGUUGAAGGAGAAAUUCGAAGCGGCCGUUGCUAGACAGCAGAAGAUCCAACUAGCCCUUCCUAUACUCAGCAGCAUGAAGGAAUUUGCCGAUCGAGAUUCUUUCGACAAUAUUUUAUCGUACUUGUCCGAGGAAGACCUCGACAUGCUUAUUAACUGUGGUAAAACGUCAGAUUGAAUGGGAACCGUUCUUUCCGUUUCAAUUGUUUCGCGCGCGCGUACUUUGUUUGAUUUUAUUCAUAUGUAUGUGUCAGUUAUAUAUGCGUAGCUUUUCCCGUAUACCGUUUUAAUGUGUGUAACGUCGACAAUUUCCGUGACAGUAACUUUGUAUACAGUAUUUGUAUAUUUCACAUAACAAUACCCUAUUGAAAAAUCUCACGCCACAAUCUCAUCUAACCAAUUUUUUGUUUUUCACGCAUUUCAAACCAUUUUUAAGUCAAUUAGUGGUUUUUUUAAAAAAUUUGAACUUUUAUCACAAUUUUUGACUUAGAGUCAAGUCCAAUUUUUGAAAAAUUAAAAAUUUUUUUAAAAAAGUCACCAAUUUACUGAAAAUGGUUUAAAACGCGUAAAAAUAAAAAAAAAAAAUUGGCUCGAUGAAAUUUUGGCGUGAGGCCUAUUUUUCGAUAGAGUAGAGAUGAAUUUGGACGCGCGUUGCUUUUUUUGCCCGUCCAUACCUGAAUGUACACCUUUACACAAUAGUUUUAUAAUGAAUUUGGACGCGCGUUGCUUUUUUUGCACGUCCAUACCUGAAUGUACACCUUUACACAGUAGUUUUAUAAUGAAAGAACACAAUUAAAUUUUGUUUGAUUCCGAA